AUGUCCACUCUCGAACAUACCAAGAAGACCUACACCCUCAAUACUGGUGACAAGAUCCCCGCUCUGGGUCUUGGUACCUGGCAAUCUAGGCCCAACGAGGUCAGAGAAGCUGUCAAGAAUGCUCUGCUGAAGGGUUACCGCCACAUUGACACUGCCCUUGCCUAUGGAAACGAAUCCGAGGUUGGCCAGGGUAUCCGGGACUCGGGUGUCCCUCGCGAAGAGAUCUGGCUUACCACCAAGCUUGACAACACGUGGCAUCACCGGGUGCAAGACGGUAUCGACUCUUCCCUAAAGAGCCUUGGUGUGGAUUACGUCGACCUCUACCUCAUGCACUGGCCCAGCUCGACCGACCCGAAUGACAGGUCGAAGCAUCUUCCCGACUGGGACUUCAUCAAGACAUGGCAAGAGAUGCAGAAGCUGCCUGCUACAGGCAAGGUCCGCAACAUCGGAGUUUCCAACUUCGGCAUCAAGAACCUGGAGAAGCUUCUCAAUGACCCAAGCACCAAGAUCGUGCCUGCAGUGAACCAGAUCGAAUUACACCCAAACAACCCAUCGCCCAAGCUUGUGGCCUACAACACCUCCAAGGGCAUCCACUCCACAGGCUACUCUUGCCUUGGCUCCACCAACUCCCCUCUGUACAAGGAUCCGACUCUUUUACAGAUUGCUGAGAAGAAGGGCAAGACCCCUCAGCAAGUGCUUCUUCAGUGGGGUCUGCAGAAGGGCUGGAGCGUCAUCCCCAAGUCUGUCAACAAGGAGCGCAUUGAUAAGAACUUUGAGCUGGAUGGCUGGGAUUUGACUGCCGACGAGGUAUACCAGCUGGAUAACCUCAAGGACCGCUUCAAGGUCUGUGGCGAUAGCUGGCUGCCUAUCAAGGUUUUCUUCGGUGAUGACGAGUAG